CUUAAGGAAGUCAGGAGGGGUGAUGCAAUUCUAUAUGUUCUCAGAAGUGUCUUUCUUUCUCUCUCCUCAGUUGCCACUCUGGAGUGUGAAGUUUGUUCUGACAUUGGCACCAACUGUACUGGCAAUAUGAAGACCUGUGAUGAUCAACAAAACACCUGUUUCAUCAUUUUAAUUCUUAGUACUCUAGAGGACACAGUGAUGCAGACUGUGGCCAAAGGGUGUGAAUCCAAAGAGGUCUGCAAAACUCCGAAAAGCCACCUGAAUAUGGGGCAGGGGAAAAUCCUGCAAGCAAGUUUGAUUUGCUGCACGAAGGAUGCCUGUAAAACAGCCAGACCUCAAUUACCUCCACUCAAGACUGAAGUCAACAGAAAGCAUUGCCCUGCGUGCUAUUCUGGGUCAGGCACAUGCGAUGAGGAGAUGCUGAAUUGUACUGGACCGGAAAAGUACUGCUUCCACAUGUUUUCACGUACCUAUGCAGGUAAGUCCCAUUUCCCAUGCGAAGGUGCCUGUGAGUUUCAUCUGGCAGCUGGAUGGCACCUAACCCAUCCAUCACCUGCUGCAGGAAACUAACUGGAAAGCCCAUC